AUGUCGACAUCCUCAUAUCGCCGUUGCUCCGUCGCUGACAGCGCCCUACGCGCGACCGUCAAUACCGACAGAUACCCAGAAAAUUGCCCCAUCUGCUUCGAAGCCAUUACGACUGCGUUGCCGACCAGCAACACCCACAGCAGUUCCGACACCAUCUCAAGAUCAGGUGCAGCCGAAAAUUCCAAAGUCGCCGCAACAAUCAUCAAAUGCGGACAUGUCUUCUGCCGUUGGCGCAUCGAGAGAUGGGCCCGCACAGAUAACACAUGCCCCAACUGCCGCGCUGAGAUGUACCCUUGGCCUACACAGAAUGACGCCUUCAAUGUAACUCAUGAGUACAACGUCGUGGUCUCAACGACAGUGCGUCGAUCUAGUAUGCACAAUAUCCGGGUGUCUGUUAAUGGGAGAAGGAUGAGCACAACGGGUGAUGACGUUGGAGUGGAAGAUGAUGUGGAAGGAGAAGAUGAUAGAGAGCCUGGAGGAUGGUCGCAUCGAUGGGUAAGACGGUAUCAUUUGGGAGACACGUAG